UACAUAUGAUGCAGUAGAAAGACAGGACUGGAAACAUGAUGAAGGUGCUUGUUCCUAUCCUGGCAUUCCUGGCUAUCACAGAUGGACUCAUUCGGGUUCCUCUCAUGAAGUUUAAGUCCCUCUAUGAGCAGCUCAUUGAGGAGGGACAGCUGAAGAACUUCCUUAUGAAUCAGCAGCUGAUCUCUGAUGGCUCCUACAACGAACCGCUCCUGAACUACAAGGAUAUGUCCUAUUUUGGACAAAUCAGCGUCGGAACCCCACCACAGAGCUUCGAUGUCCAUUUUGACACCGGCUCCACUCACUUAUGGAUCAACUCUGUCUACUGCAAGAGCGAGGCCUGCACCAUGCAUCACCUGUUCAACCCUGAGGCAUCCUCCACCUAUCACAGCAAUGGGGAACCCUUUUCGGUGCAUUACGGCACUGGGAGCCUCACUGGGGUAAUUGGGUAUGACACUGUCUCUAUCCAAGGCCUUAAGGUCACAAACCAAGAGAUCGGUCUGAGCAUCAAGGAACCUGGAAAACACUUUGCGAGACCACUGCAUGAGGGGAUCAUGGGAAUGGCUUUCAAGCAGCCAGGGGGAAUGACCCCUAUUGUGGACACAAUGAUACAGGAAAACCUGCUGGAGGAACCCAUCUUUGCUUUCUACCUGACCAAUUCUCCAGGACAUGGAAGUGAGGUAGUAUUUGGAGGAGUAGAUCCUACACACUACACUGGUGAAAUCCACUGGGUUCCAGUCACACCAGGAAGCCACUGGCAGCUUGUUAUUGAUAGUUUUGAGGUCGACCAUCAGGAGACUGGCUGGUGCAGUGAUGGAUGCUCAGCUAUUGUGGACACUGGUACUUCUCUCCUUACCUGCCCCCCACAAUUUGUCGACGAGCUAUACCAGAAAAUUGGAGCUCAGGCCAACGAAUAUGGAGAUUACAUUGUAGACUGUAACAACCUGCACAACUUGCCUACUCUGACCUUUAUAAUGAAUGGAGCACAUUUACAUGUGGAGCCCUCUUUCUAUACCUUGGUGUACCACCUUAGCAAUGGAGAGAAGUACUGCAGGUUGGGCAUUAAAGGUUCCCAUAAGAAAUAUCGGAAUGGACAACCCUUCUGGACUUUGGGAGAUAUCUUCAUUAGGCAGUUUUACACUGUCUUUGACCAAGGGAAUGCCCAAGUCGGAUUUGCUAAGGUGGUUUAAACCUCUCAGUCCAGCCCUGCCUCAUAACACUGCUCCAGCCGCCUGGAAAGAAGCAUGUCGUAGUUCCUAGAUAGCCUCUUUCAUACUGGCUUUAAUAAAGUAACAAACUACUAUUAUGAUUGAACAUAGAGAUUACAAUAUAGAAAUGAUUAGAAAAGUAAACUGAAGUCUGGGUUGUCUCUGUAUCAAACCAAAGCUAAGAUUUAAUUCAAGUCAAGUCAACUGUCCACAUCAUUUUAUCUUAAUGAAAGCCUGUUGUCUCUUGAGGCAAAUGUAGCCAUAUUCAGCAAUUUAUUAUUAUUGAAUUAAAUCAUCCACCUGCCACAAUGCUAUAAUAUUUCAUAGUUUUAAAUGGUAAACUAAAGUAAUAAUCUUUUUUUGCGUUUUUACUAAGCCUUUACGUCUCGAGGAUCUUGCUUUUUUUCUUAAAUGUCAUCAGUUAUAGUAUCUAAAUAUACUUAACAUAGUGUACCGAACUAUGAACGUGAAUGUGCAUUUUAAAAUAAAUACCAAAUGAUCAUUUAUGCUAUAUAUUUUUUUUAAUUUGAAAUGUAACUAAAGGUAACAACUGUUUACACAUGUAUAUAGAUUUUAUUAUUUUAAUUAGAUGUAUACUUAAUUAUAAUCUAUUCAAAUUCUGCAGAACAAUAUGCAUUUUAAAUGCAAACAACAUGGCAGACCAAGAGAAAAGUAAAUGUCCAACUAUCUAAUAUGUUACAAAUCACAAUCCAACUAAAAGCCAUAGGCUGUUUCACACAUACCUGUAGCUGAAGUGACUCAUUUUAAGUGGCUGUAGCAAAGAAAACAGUUCAACAAACCUUACCUAUCAAGAACCUAUAUAUUGAAGGAAAAUACAUUUUUGAAAACAUAUCUGAAAAUCAUGCUAGCCUAAUUUAUAAGGAGGUUGGUUACUCCUAAGUGUCUUCGGGUUGAAAGCGUGUUACUGGAUGCAAACUAUGUCAAUCAACAGAUGAUGUAGCUAGUUAGUUAUGGAUAGAAAAAAAAAGCUUUCAAAGGGUGGGCACAAUUUCCAAGGAAGUGGCUGCAAUCAUUGUUUUUUAACCCUAAUAAAACUUUAAUACUGUAAUUUUUGCUUUUUUUUCCUAUUACUGUGAUUUAUCUAUCUCUCUCUCUAUCUAUAUCUAUCUAUCUAUCAUGCUUUAAAAAAAUCUAAUUUUACUUUCAAGACUACCCACAAAACUUAGCUCAAUGGAAUAAUGUAAUGGAACCAUCAGUAAAACACACUUCUCUGUUUAGAAGUAACCCCUCUUUCUUAUUACAAGCCCAUACAUCUUCAUGUUAUGUUAUGCAAGACAGUAUCCAAUUAUAAGAUGCUCUUCUGCUGUCAGAUGUUACACUGUGUCAGUUCAGUUGGAACGGAUACUCCCAUUCCCUAGAGGAAAACAGAUCCUUGACCAGAGCAAAGGUGAAGCUGGUGGAAGUUCAAUAGCUGGGCAGGAGAUUAAUACAAUCAGAACUUUGACCUUUGAAUUUGUGUGAAAGACAACUGGUAAAGUUUGAUGCUUUAAGUUUUAGCAGUACUAGUUUGGGUCCUGGCAAUAGCCAGUGACUUCUGAAAUUUAAAAAGUCAGAGCUGUUCCCUUGGACACCCGGUAUGCACUUGCAUGAAUCGAGUAUGCCCAAUCCAGCUGCUGUAAAAAAAAAAAAAAAAGUAUGCAUCCUGUUUAUUUGCUUUUUUUGCUAAGAAAGACGGUUGCUGGCCAAUUAAACUAAACGUUGCUUGGAGGGUCCUGUUUGCUCUAUAAAAUGUGUUAUUCAUGCAGUAAAAAGUGAAAAAAAAAUUGGCACAAGAACAACAAAAAUGAACAAAUACAGAAAGAAACUAUUGAAUACAGUUGAUCCAACACUUAAUAGGAAGGUUGUGCAAUUUGAAAAACCAGUGGGGAAAUAAGCACCACCAACCCUAAACUUUUAAAGUCAAUUUCAAUAGGGACUGGUAUCACAUUUUCAUUUUUAACAGCUCUCUUUAGAAAUUAUACUUAUUCUUCGACUUGGGAGGCUGUGUGGUCAAGUGGUUAGAGAAACGGGCUUGUAACCAGAAGGACCCUGAACGUGCUUGUAACCAGGAGGUCCCUGGUUCAAAUCCCACCUCAGCCACUGACUCAUUGCGUGACCCUGAGCAAGUCACUUAACCUCCUUGUGCUCCGUCUUUCAGGUGAGAUGUAAUUGUAAGUGACUCUGCAGCUGAUGCAUAGUUCACACACCCUAGUCUCUGUAAGUUGCCUUGGAUAAAGGUGUCUGCUAAAUAAAUAAACUUCAAAAGAACUGUUA